UUGCCUGAAGGAACAUUGGUUUUCCCAUGAGGCUAUUCUUUUGGUCUCCAGCCCAAGGGUAGAUGAGGAGGGGAUUAGCUUUUGGUGAUGCAGAAGGAGGGUCUAACCAGACUUUGUGACCUGCCUUGCCUAAGGGCAGAACCAUAAUCCUCACUAUGUAUAAAUAUCCCUGGCCCCAUGGGCCCUGGUAGUCCAUUUGCUCACUAUUUGCUAAGUGUAAAAGCAAACUGAGCACCAUGAGGCCAAUCGUGUGUCUUUUUCUGAUCGGUCUGGCUCUUCGUUGCUAUGCAGCUAGUGACGGCGGCCUGGUCUGUAAACCCGUUUUGAAAGAAAUGACGCUCUUCCUGCUAGGGAGUAAGGAAAGCCUGGAAGAAAACCUUAAGAGCUAUGAUCCACCCCAAGAGGCUAUUGAUGCAAAACUGUUGGUGAAGGACUGUGUAGACGAGAUAAGCUAUUUAGACCGACUUAAAAUUGCAGGAGCAGUGGUAAAAAUUUUAGGUGAAUGUGGUAUGAAAGCAUGGCUGUCAAAAUUUUCUCCUGGUACCCCACUGGCAAAGUAGAUGAUCUGAUUUUCCCUGCUUAAUGUGAAGGUUUCAACGUCUUGCACUAAUA